CUUUGCGGCAGUCCGCCAAUAGUUUUGCGGGGUGUGAGCGCAGGGCGAGAUCCUCACUUCCUGGUUAAAGAUGGCGGAUGAGAAUGAGACAGCACCGCAGCCGGAGAAAGAAACGGAGGUAGAAGUGGGUCACGGACACUGCAGCAAUUGUGAAAAUGAAGAGCACCACUCUGAUGACGGGGAGAAGGGCGACACAGGUGCCAAGAAGAAGAAAAAGAAACAGAAGAAAAAGAACAAAGACAAGUCCGGAGGAAAAGAUGCAGCACAGGAUCCGCUGGCCAAAGUGAACUCCCUUCCUGCGGAAAAGCUACAGGAGAUCCAGAAGGCCAUUGAGCUGUUUUCGGUGGGACAGGGUCCGGCUAAAACCAUGGAGGAGGCCACACGGCGCAGUUAUCAGUUCUGGGACACUCAGCCUGUUCCUAAACUUGGAGAGACUGUGAUGUCACAUGGCUGCAUUGAGCCAGAUAAAGACAACAUACGAGAUGAGCCCUACAGCCUCCCGCAGGGCUUCACCUGGGACACUCUCGACCUGGGAAACCCUGCAGUGCUGAAAGAGUUGUACACUCUCCUGAAUGAGAACUAUGUGGAGGAUGAUGACAACAUGUUUCGUUUUGAUUACUCCCCUGAAUUUCUGCUCUGGGCUCUGCGUCCUCCAGGCUGGUUGCCUCAGUGGCAUUGUGGGGUGAGAGUGAACUCUAAUAAUAAGCUAGUUGGUUUCAUCAGUGCCAUACCAGCCAGCAUCCACAUCUAUGAAAUAGAGAAGAAGAUGGUGGAGAUUAACUUCCUGUGUGUGCAUAAGAAACUUCGCUCGAAACGAGUGGCUCCGGUACUCAUCAGGGAGAUCACCAGACGGGUCAACCUGGAGGGCAUCUUUCAGGCUGUGUACACCGCAGGUGUGGUGCUGCCCAAACCAGUGGGCACCUGCAGAUACUGGCACCGGUCCUUGAACCCACGAAAGCUGAUUGAGGUGAAGUUCUCUCACCUGAGUCGAAACAUGACUAUGCAACGCACCAUGAAGCUCUACCGACUGCCAGAGGCUCCUAAGACUUCAGGCCUCAGGCCGAUGACUGUAAAGGAUGUGCCAGCAGUUCAUCGCCUGCUGAAGGAAUACCUGAGUCUGUUUAACCUGGUUCCCGUCAUGAGCCCUGAGGAGGUCCAACACUGGCUGCUUCCUCAGGAGAACAUCAUUGACACCUUUGUAGUGGAGAAUUCAGACGGGAAGCUGACUGACUUCCUGAGUUUCUACACUCUGCCGUCCACCAUCAUGAACCAUCCUGUGCAUCGCAGUCUGAAGGCUGCGUAUUCCUUCUAUAACGUACACACCACCACCCCCCUGCUGGACCUGAUGGGAGACGCUCUCAUCCUCGCCAAGUCGAAAGGAUUUGAUGUCUUUAAUGCACUGGACCUAAUGGAGAACAAGACAUUUUUGGAGAAGCUCAAGUUUGGCAUUGGAGAUGGAAACCUGCAGUAUUACCUCUACAAUUGGAAAUGCCCCAGCAUGGGGUCAGAAAAGGUGGGUUUGGUUCUACAGUGACCCAUUCCACCAUCCAUAAUCUGUCUCUCGCAUGACAGCGAGGCGGAUUUAUGACAUCACGCACUGACCACCUGACAGAUGCUACCAAUGGACUUCCUGCUUCAGGAAGGAGUAUUCACCGGCCAUUUUUAAGUUUGAACUUUGACCUUUUGGACCUGCACUACUGCUGCCAGACUGAGAGAAGAUGUGUUUUCUUCUCUUCUCUCUUAUUUCUCUCUUUCCCUCCCUCACUCUUCUUCUUAUUCUCUCUCUGCGCAUGGACCUAAAGCCAUUGUAAUUACCAUCAUCAGAGAUGAGGAACCUUAAUCUGUUAUGAUUGUUAACAACAAUGCGCACACACACACA